AAUUACGCUUCGUGUUAGAUUGAAUAGUGUAAUUAUAUCUACACAAUAUGGAAGUCGAGGGUUUGGAUCUCGUUGAGUCUUGCGUAUUCAGUCUUGAUGACUGUCAGUAUGCAGCUUAUCCAAGUGCUAAUGAUUUUAUACCUGAGCUAUCAGGAAAGAGUGGACUGGUCAUGGUCGUACUCCUAGAAACUUAUGUCUCAUGCCCCCGAGAUUUUGUCCAGGCUUAUGUUCAAUUCGCCUUAGAUAGAGAUGAUGUUUUUAAUUCUCACUUUUUGAAGGGCAUCAUAUUUUACGGACGGACUGCCGAGAAGGCUUCGCUCGUGGGAGAGGAAUUAGGAGCUCACAUCCUCCCGGCAGCUUGGAAUACGUCUUGGACCAGCUUCAUACAAACGCCUAUCGCUAGCGAUUACAGACGAAACAUUCCACCAGGCCCAUACCUCCUCCGCCAGGGAAAGCUCUGGGAUGUAUAUCGCCUUUAUGAAGACCAUACAAAUGCAUUCCUGGUGUCUUUCAAACCUCAAAUUUUGCCCACCCGGAAUGAAAGACUAGUUCAGCUCUCUGUUCAAUGUAGUCGACACUACUCGAGAAGCAUUGCUGUUCCAUCUCGUCUGGUUACUACCAGUGACACACUAAAAAGUGCACCAAUAGCCGCUACCAUCAGCGGACGAAUGCCAGCUCAGGUUAAUGGGUGCUUUUCGAUGCGCCCUACUUGUGGGAUGAUAUCGACUGAAGGAAUGUGGUCCGGGGCACCGCAAUUUGACACUCCGUGUAUUUUUAGCAGAGCCGUUGCAGAUUUGGGGCGAAUUGUAUCCGCUUGGUACGGUGAUAAAUUGAAAGAAACAAGGGGAACUCAAAAUUACUCUCUUAUCUAUCUCACAGAUUCCACCCCUCAAAACCGAGCGCAAAUGGACGUGUUUGACAGAUUUGCGCAAGAUAUGGAAUCUUUCCUUCGCACCACUGUUCAGAGGCUGUCUAUCAAAGAUCUGUGGAAUCAGAAACCACCAAUCGAAGCUGCCGGAAACACACUCGAAGAAUGGCUUCACAAAGAUGUAGCGACUCAAUCCUACAUUUUCUACUUUUGGAAGAAAAUAGAAGGUUUUUAUAAUGACUACAAGAUCAGAUUUGGGAAGGAGCCAUUUAUGCCACCUCCCCAUGGCAUAGAUUUAUGGGAACCAGCAAAAGAUGUCACACCCGAGCAACAUACAGACGCCAUGAAUCGCUUACAGGUAUACAGGAACUGGCUACGUGAGAAGAUAUUUCUACCGGAAAAUGAACGGGUAAUCGCCAUCAUGCCCUUACGAGAAACUGCUGAUACCAAGUUUACUGCCGACGUGAAAGCGGGGCAACAUCUAUGGGAUCCUCUUCUUUUAUCUCCUAUUCUCAGCUCUCCAGAGAUAGUUGUACCUAUCGGCCAGCUUCCAUACUUGUCACGAAUCAGUGGAAAUAUCGAAUAUCUCCCGGUGUCCGGCUCCAUCAUGGGUACACCUGGGUCCGAUCUCGAUCUGGUUCAUCUCGUGAACAAUUUUUGGGAGCAGGUUGGUCGACCAACCAAGAUAUUGACUGGGAAGACCAUGUUUAAUGUGGUCUAACUGGUUAGGGUUUGGGGUAAUCAUCACAUGCAUUUCAUACUGUAAUCUCACCCAGAUACUGUGGGAAAUUAUCUACGAACCAGUCAGUUGAUCAGCUA